UCCACGGCGGCUGAGCUCGUCGUCCCCUCCCUUCAUUUCCUUCUUUCUUCCUACCGUGCCCAGUUGCAGCCAUGUUCUUCUCUUCUGCAGUCCGCCUUGCCUUCGGCCUCGCUCUCGCUUCCUCCGUCUCCGCGACUGUCUACGACAUCCAGGUCGGCGAUGCCAACGGUGACACCAUUUACACGCCCGAGGCCAUUUUUGCCAACGUCGGUGACCAGGUCGUCUUCCACUUCCACCAAAAGAACCACACCGCGACGCAGUCUUCGUUCGCCGCCCCGUGCUCUCCUCUGGAGGGAGGUCUCAACUCUGGAUUCAUGCCCGUCGCUGCUAAUGUCACCGACAACUUCCCCACCUGGACUGUGACUGUGAAGGACACCAAGCCCCUUUGGUUCUUCUGCGAGCAGGCUGCCAACACCGCCGCCAGCCACUGUGGCAAGGGCAUGGUUUUCGCCGUCAACUGCGGCCCCGACGGCUCGGCGAACUCGUUCGACUCCUUCAAGAAGUCUGCGCUUGCGAUCGGUGCUCAGCUCGUUGCCGAGGCAUCUGCUGCCGCUGCCGCUUCGUCCACGGACAGCAGCAGCGGUGGUUACGGGUACGGCGGCGCGACCUCCACCGCCGAGGCCGUCAGCUACACGACCGCCGACUACGGCACUGCAACCAUCGCCGCCGCGCCCUCGCCCGUGCUCACCACGGACACGAUCACCGUCGAGACCUCGUCCUGGGUCACCGUGUACUCGUCGUACCCCGGCUCGCCCGAGCCCACCCCGUCCUCGCUCUCCGGCAGCGUGAUCAAGGUUGUCGUCGGCGGCUCGGACGGUGAACUCACCUUCAGCCCCAACAACGUCCAGGCCUCGCCGCGUGACGUCAUCCAGUUCGAGUUCCACCAGAAGAACCACACCGCGACGCAGUCGUCGUUCGCCGCGCCUUGCCUCCGCCUCAAGGACACCACGGGUGCCGUUGUUGGCCUCGACUCCGGCUUCAUGCCCGUCGACGCGAACGCGACCGACUUCCCCGUCUGGAACGUGACCGUGAACGACACUGCGCCCAUCUGGUUCUACUGCCGCCAGCACAAGCCCGACGGCUCCUCGCACUGCGGCGCGGGCAUGGUUUUCGCCGUGAACGCCGUCGAGAACUCCGCGCGCAACUUCAGCGCGUUCCAGGCGCUCGCGCAGACGCUCAACGGCACUGCUUCGAACUCUUCGACGACGUCCACCACGAACGGCACUGCCGGUGCUACCGGCAACAACAACGGCGGUGCUGCCAGCCGCGCGACGAACGCCGCGCUCUCCCUCGGCGCGCUCGCUGCGGCCGCCGCGCUCCUGCUCUGAGCGCAUCCGGGCUGUGUUGUUUGAGGCUAUGAUACCCACGGGACUAGAUGGUUGGAUAGACGGGUGGGCGAUGGGAUGUGCAUGGAAGCCUCCUAGAGACGAUGUGUGCUCCGUGCGGGCGCCGCACAGGCCGGACGCUCUCCUUCCCCCCGGGGUCGUGCUGCCACGCAGUGCGCACCCCUUCCACGACGCACGUAACUUCUGCUAUAAUGCCCUCGGCCUGCUUUCACGUUUGCUCUUUUUUUUCUAUUUCUUUCACGACACCCGGACCUUGCUAUGGACUCGCCGAGCGGCUGCUGUUUUCCCUUACGUGUACUUACUGCCCUACUCUGACUGGUCGCUGUAGCUAUUUUGUGCGCGCGCACGCGCGCGUUGUUGGGUCGCGCGUGUCGCUGCUGCCGUCCUGCCUUUGGGUGUUCCAUUCGUGUACUUAUGUCUUGCGGGUGUUUCUGCUUAGCGUAGGGACGAAUGGUGAUAUUUUCGAAAUCUCGAGAUGGC